UUACAACCCUUUUUCACUUGGCCCAACUCAAGCCAUUUUCUCUGCUCAUCUAUAUAUAGAGCCGUAAGACUAGUAGCUUUCCCUCAUUCCUCAAUCUUCCUUAUUAUGGCUACCCACCAUUCCAGCUAUGACCCGGAAAACUCCCCGAACCAUUACACAUUCCUCCCGGGUCAACCCGAAUCCACCGGGUCAACCCGCCGGAAGUCACUUAAAGUUGUCUCCAUCAUUUUGCUCUCUUCUUUGUUGUUGUUAUCUUUAUUAACAGCCUUUGUGAUGGUAAACAAGCAGUCACCGGAGUUGCAAAAUAACUCACCGGAGACUUUGAUACCGUCAAGAGGUGUUUCUCAGGGAGUCUCUGAGAAGACUUUCAGGGAUGUUAGCACUACUCUUUCGUACGCGUGGUCAAAUGCUAUGCUUACCUGGCAAAGGACUGCUUACCAUUUUCAACCUCAACAAAAUUGGAUGAACGAUCCUAAUGGUCCAUUAUACCACAAGGGAUGGUACCAUAUUUUUUAUCAAUACAAUCCAGAUUCAGCUAUUUGGGGAAAUAUCACAUGGGGCCAUGCAGUAUCCACGGACUUGAUCCACUGGCUCUACUUGCCUUUCGCCAUGGUUCCUGAUCAAUGGUACGAUAUCAACGGUGUCUGGACUGGGUCCGCUACCAUCCUACCCGACGGUCAGAUCAUGAUGCUCUACACUGGUGACACCGAUGAUUAUGUACAGGUGCAAAAUCUUGCGUACCCUGCCAACUUAUCGGAUCCUCUCCUCCUUGACUGGGUCAAGUACCGUGGCAACCCGGUCAUGGUUCCCCCACCCGGCAUUGGUAUUAAGGACUUUAGAGACCCGACGACUGCGUGGACUGGGCCUCAAAAUGGGCAAUGGCUGCUAACCAUUGGGUCCAAGAUGGGUAAAACGGGUAUUGCGCUUGUUUAUGACACUUCCAACUUCACAAGCUUUAACUUAUUGCAUGGAGUUUUGCAUGCGGUUCCGGGUACGGGUAUGUGGGAGUGUGUGGACUUUUACCCGGUAUCCACCUUAGACUCAAACGGGUUGGACACAUCAUAUAACGGGCCAGGUAUAAAGCAUGUGCUAAAAGCAAGUUUAGACGACAAUAAGCAAGAUCACUAUGCUAUUGGGACGUAUGACCUGGUAAAGAACAAAUGGACACCUGAUAACCCGGAGUUGGAUUGUGGUAUUGGGUUGAGGCUGGACUAUGGGAAAUAUUAUGCAUCAAAAACAUUUUAUGACCCAAAGAAGCAAAGAAGAGUACUGUGGGGAUGGGUUGGUGAAACAGACAGCGAAUCUGCUGACCUGCAGAAGGGAUGGUCAUCUCUACAGAGUAUUCCAAGGACAGUGCUUUAUGACAAGAAGACAGGGACAAAUCUACUUCAGUGGCCAAUUGAAGAAAUUGAAAGCUUAAGAGCAGGUGAUCCAAUAGUAAAGCAGCUCAAUCUUCAACCAGGCUCAAUUGAGCUACUCCAUGUUAACUCAGCCGCACAGUUGGAUAUAGAAGCCUCAUUUGAAGUGGACAAAGUCGCACUUGAGGGAACAAUUGAAGCAAAUGCAGGUUACAACUGCGGUUCUAGUGGAGGUGCUGCUAGCAGAGGCAUAUUGGGACCAUUUGGUGUCGUUGUAAUUGCUGAUCAAACGUUGUCUGAGCUAACUCCAGUUUACUUCUACAUUUCUAAAGGAGCUGAUGGCCGAGCAAAGACUCACUUCUGUGCUGACCAAACUAGAUCCUCAGAGGCUCCUGGAGUUGCUAAACAAGUUUAUGGCAGUUCAGUACCAGUGUUGGAUGGUGAAAAACAUUCAAUGAGAUUAUUGGUGGACCACUCAAUUGUGGAGAGUUUUGGUCAAGGAGGAAGAACAGUCAUAACAUCGCGAAUUUACCCAGCAAAGGCAAUCAAUGGAGCAGCACGACUCUUCGUUUUCAACAAUGCCACAGGGACUAGUGUGACUGCCUCCCUGAAGAUUUGGUCACUUAAAUCAGCUGAUAUUCAAUCCUUUCCCUUGGAAAAUUUGUAAUUUAUUGAACCAUAUCUUCUUCAUUCUUUUUUCCAUUUGAAGGUUAUUUCACCUGUCCCAUUAAGAAAUGGAAGAGAGAAAAUAAAGAGAGAUAGUGAGAGAGUAGAGUAGGCUAGAAUAUGUAGUGUUGUUACUACUUAUUAGUCACUAUUUUAGUUAUUAUUCCGCUGGACCUGUGCUAUUAUACACCCCUUAGGUGUAGUUCUUGUCCAGCAGUGUGGCCUUUGUACUAUAGUGUAACAAUAUCAUUUACAAAUAGAGCCAUUCUUCACUUCGA